AUCGCGUGGACGUUUUCCACUUGGGAUCGUCGGCGUCGAUUCUGCUCGGUUUUCGCGCUCAGUAGUCGCGGCAGACUUUGACAGGCCACAAGUAUAGUGCGUUUACGGGCGUCUUGGCGACAUGGUCAAUCAGAUCACCUCUCUGUCUUUCUCUGUUGAAAACAGUCAUGGCAACAAGGAAGGCGCAGCAGACUUCGAGAAGGCUAUCAAACUUUGCGGAUAUGGAAAGUUCCACUACAGUUUCCUGCUCCUCUGUGGCGCGAUGUUUAUCUGCGUUGGUUGUGAAAAUGGCAUAAACGCGUACAUCCUGCCAUCCGCAGAAUGCGAUCUGAAAUUGUCAUCCGAGCAAAAGGGUCUGCUGAACGUCUCCUUCCUAGUGGGAGGAGUGAUCAGUGCCCUGUUCUGGGGAGUGUUUGCGGAUGCCUAUGGCAGAAGAUACAUUCUUCUCCUUACCAUGCUGUUCGAUAGCAUUUUAACAAUUGGAGGGAGUCUUUCGCAAAGCUUUAAGGUCCUGCUAAUUUUCAGAGGUCUCAGUGGAUUCUUCAUUGGUGCCCCUGGAUCGCUGAUCUACACGUACCUUGGCGAAUUCCACGCGGAGAAACAGAGGGUAAAAUCGAUCUGCUACGUUGGAUUCUUUUGGACUCUUUCCUGGCUGAUCCUACCUGGUUUGGCAUGGAUAAUCAUACCAAUGCCAAUAUCCCUUCAAUUCCAUGGCAUCGUGUUCAAUUCUUGGCGACUUUUCCUGGCUAUCAUUGGAUUGCCGACCUUAAUGGUCACUCUGAUAGCCACCAGGUACCCAGAGAGUCCUAAAUUUCUAAUCUCUCAAGGCAAAACGGAGGAAGCCCUGGCGAUUUUACGAAAAAUCUAUGCGAUAAACACUGGUCACCACGAGGACGAGUACCCUGUAAAAAUCUUGUUAUUCGACGACAGUGCGAAUAUUAAUAGCGGCAAGACAAACUUCUCUGGAUCUGGAGUGUUGACGAUGUUGCUGAAGAAUAUUUGGCUGCAAAUGCGUUCACUUGCGUCGCCGCCAUUGCUGCAGUAUGCGCUUCUGACUUGGGCCAUUUACUUCACGAAUAUGUUUGGGUAUUACGGAUUAGGUCUGUGGCUGCCAGAGUUGUUCAAUCGUUUCGAAAACUACCACAAUCUCCACCCGAACCGAACCGUGAGCGUUUGCAGACUAAUGCACGAAACUGAUCUGCAAAAUGUUACGACACCUUCCCCGAGCGUUAUGGUCGAGUCAGCGAGUGCCAUUGCUUGCAGUCCCAACAUGGACGAAAUGGUGUUUAUCAAUUCGUUGACCAUCAAUGCAUUCUGCCUGCUAGGGAACAUCGCGUCUGGUUACCUGGCCAAUCGCGUUGGUCGACGAACAAUUCCAGUGACAACGAUGUUGCUGGCUGGCGCAUUCGGUUUCGGCAUCUACUUCGUGAGGUCCUCGUUGCAGAUACUGAUGGUAACCUGCGUGUUCUCGUUGACAAUAGUCACCGCGAAUUUCGUAAUGGGGAGCAUCGUGGUCGACAUAUUUCCAACCCACGUGGGCGCAGUCGCCAUGUGCAUGAUGACCUUCUUCGGCAGAGUAGGUGCCAUCGCCAGCAAUUUGGCUUUUGGAAUGCUGCUCGACAUUAGCUGCGAAGUGCCCAUUUUCCUGGUUGGCAGUCUAGUCAUCCUUGGAGGAUUACUAGCACUCAUGCUUCCAAGGAAAAAGAGUUGAACAAUCAUGGACCAAGAGUAAAGGAGCGAAGAAGUAAUUGUAUGCUUACCGCGAUGUGCGACGAUCGGUCAUUCCAUAUCAUUUCCACAUAUGUGUCGCGGGUGUUGAUCACCUUAGAAAUAGUUUUUAGUUUUAAAUGUCAUCAUCGUCGAAUUACACGAUGUUAGAAAGAUUCGUGUAAUUGUCGGAUUAGGGAGACAAAGAAUAUUUGGACGAUUCAAUCGUUUGCGGAACUGACGAUAUUAUUCAUUCAUAAUUUAUCAUAAACAUUACCUAUUUAAAAUACGAAGACUAACGAGUACCGAAAGUAGUGAAAUUCAUGUUGUAUUAUUCUGUUGGACAAACAGGAUUUCAUAUGUUUCAAUCACAUUGACUAGCAUUUUCAUAAGCUUCCUAUACGUAUAUGUAUAUUAUCGUUAUUAGAAUAGUGAACAUUCUAAUACAUUUCUUCAGUAUUUUAAAGUUCAACAUAAAUCGAAAACUGUAUUUUGAUUAAGUGGUAUACACCUACCUCGUAAAUACGUAGAUCUCUUGUUGCUUCUACGUUUGCUCGAUCUCCUUUACAAAUUGUUCUUUUAUUAGACUAAUAGGCAAAAUUCUUAACGAAUCAAAUUUGAACGAUAAGAGCGAAGUAAACUAAGAUAGGUACAACUUAUUAGUUCUCACCACGUAGCCUUUAUUUCCAUAGGAUUAUAUGCCAAUUAGUUGAAUGCGAGGUGUUUAGAAUCAAUCUUGUAUAUUUAGCUGUUCACGUAAAAUAUCGAAUUAUUCCGAAGUCUGGUAUCCUGGUAUUUUGAGCGUGAGAUGUUAAUUUUGGAUGUAUGAGAACAUGAUGUACUGUAUUUAUAGAAAUAGGUCAUGUAAAUCGUCCUGUGACAGUGUAAAUGCGAAUGCACGUUAUGUGAGAAACUAGACGACCAUACAAAUGCAACACUUAUUACGAAAAUAAUAAAUUUUCUAAACAAAUCAAGUGUCUAUCACUGGAAACCGAAUAGUCCACCAUAAUCCAACCUUUUCAAUUACAUAGUAUGAUAUUCUGAAUUUGUAUCGAAUGAUUUCUCACUUGUGUACGUAUUGCAAGUCUCUAACGAAAAACUCUUUAUUCAUAGAUCCGAAUAAAUAUAAUAAAUCGGGUGAUCAGGAAGUAAGGUAAAUGACUGAACCACGUACAAAUUUUUAUGGUCGUAUAUUUCUUUCUUUCGUAAAAAUGAAAAGUUAGGGCUCCCUUGCAGUUCGAUACAGUACGUAUCGUCACUCUGUUCAUUACUGAAUACAAUUAUAUCGAAAGAAUCGACGUUGCAGAUUGUUGCGUUCACCCAGAGUUUCGCUACGAUUCCUAAUUUCACCUAUGUAUGCACGAGCACGGUACUAUUGUAGAUACCUGACGACUAUAACUGCGGUUGUGGAUCUUUGGGAGAGGUGAGAAGUCUGACUUUGUCGAAGACUGUCUUGACGUUCUGUUUCCUGAGGAUUCUGUCAAUGCAGCGUAUAGUAGAAAAGGAAGGGAUUUCCUCUCUUCGUUCAUGUUUCUGUCGUGCUCAGAAGCCUCGGUCAGUACCGAUAAUAAACGUUGAUAAUCGAGAUUUACAAUGAAUCAAUCCAAGAGGCUACAAAUCGAACAUUACCACGUAAUAUCUGCAAAGGAAACUCUCAUUUUCAUUUAAAUUCUCUUAAUAAAUUACAUUAAUCCUU